CUCCUAAAACACCCCCAGACAACACCUCCAGAGAAUGACGCCAAUUUUGAUCACCCUGUUUUUAUUAACUUUGAUCAGACAUGCCAUGUGAUUUGGUUCUACGACCCGGUAAAAAAAUUGAUCCAUCACAAUCACAUGUUGCCCAGAAUUUAAGAAACUCCAUUCAAUUAUGUUAAGGAUUGUGUAAUUGUUAUUGGUCAAAUCUUAUAAAUUCUCACAUUGUACGGUUACGUCACUAUCUUCGAUUUAAUUUUUAAUGACAAGUUUAGUUCAAGCAUGCUUUAUUGAGACAUACGUUCAUUUUCAAAUACUUUUUGACCUUUAGGCCCGUAUAUAUCUGCUAAUUCUAAUCUCAAAUAAUUUCAGUUCACAAUAAUGCAUUCGAUUAAUGCAUUUCCUGCUUUAUUAUUAUUCAUUUCUAGCAUCGAAUCUAUUGCUACACUUGCUACAAUGCCAGUGCGUCCUGCAUACUCUAACUAUGUUGUAAGCAAACAAGCUGUUACAUGGAAAGAAGCUUUUGUGCUAUGCAAACAAAACGGAAUGGACUUAGUUUCGAUAAAAAAUGCUGAAGAACAUGAUGCUGUAGCUGAAGCUUUGGCUCCUUAUCCCACGAUAGAAGGUGUUAAUAAAGGAUAUUGGACAGCUGCCAUGCGCUUCGGUACAAAUUCCUUUGUAUGGUUCACUGAUGGCCAACCCAUGGUCUACACUAACUUUGAAGAUGGACAACCAGACAAUUUUAAAGGAAUGGAAGAGUGUGUGGAAUAUGUUAAGACGAAAAAUAAAUAUAGAUGGAAUGAUAUACCUUGUGGUUAUAAAUUUGGUUAUAUUUGUCAAAUGCGCAAUGUUCUUUGCUAAAUAUAAGUGCUAUGAAUCGGCAAUUUAUACCUGUAUAUGUGCAGUACACCAGUUUUUCAAAUAUAUUGCAUUUACUUUUUUAUUA